AUGACGGAGGGCCCCUCGUUCGGGGAGUCGACGGAGGAGGCGCUGUGGGACUUCGUCAUGUACAACAGCGAGUUCACGGCGAAGAAACCACGCCAGCCCAAGCACACGCCUCCCGCGCAGCCGGCCUACCCGACGCGCUCCUCACUGUGGGACCCGCAGCGCGCGCAGCGCAUCCAGAAGUGCACGUCGUUCAUGGAGGACGGCGCUGUCGUCUUGCCGGGCAAGGACUCGCCGCUGCCCAAGCGUGGUUACGGCAACGCCGACGAGAGCAUACUGCGAGUGCCGAUUGCGUCACUGUUCGCCCAAGGCAUUGUCCGAGAUGUCAUGUUCUGGGAAACCAGGCGAUACGUGACCAUCUUCCAAAACCUGCUGAUAUGCGCGGUGAACGCCUCGGUGAUCGUGUCUUACAUCACGCUGUACACAAACGACGCCAACCGGUACUUUGUCGAGUACCUUCACAGCCGGUACGGCGAGGACGCUGUGACCAUCGGCACUUGGUGGAGCCUGCUGGCACCGAUGAUGGUCGUGUCGUCCAUCACAUGGUGGCAAACCGUCAGUGGCGGAGCCCUCUAUGACUAUGAUGCCCCAUUGAAGAUGGAUGCCGAACGAACCAUCAAGGUGGCCCUGCGGAAACAGCUGAAUGGGUACAGAAACCUCAAUAACUGGCAGGUGGCUUCCGUGGUCGUGUUCUUCUGUUGGGUGCUGCGGCGAUCCUAUCCCUUCGUUUACAACCUGCAGGAGGACCUCAUCGAUAACUUCGACGUGCUCACCGUAGACUUCGUCAUGGUGCUGGUGGCGCUGGCGUUGCCCGCUUCGUCAAGCCGUCUGCUGGAGGCGCCCAAGCGCGAGUACGCCAACCUGUGGUUCCGUCUCCCGUGGACAGCCCUGCUGACGCUCGGCUGCAGCGGCUACAUGGCCGAAGCGGUGCGUACCGCGGACGUGGUCGGCUGGCUCACCCACUGGGCUCCGCGCAGCGCGCAGUACAAGUUCGUCACGCAGCUGCUGCUCACGCUCGGCGCCGCGGUGCUCACAGAGUUGGUGGGCCGCAAGGCCACCGUCUCAGUCAUGAUGCCCGUCGUCAUGGACAUCGCCGCGGCGGUGCCAUGCAACCCGCUGUACCUGUGCAUCCCGGUGACCGUGGCUGCAAGCACGACCCUCCUGUUGCCAACAUCAUCAUUCGCCAUGGCGUACGUGUAUGACCGUCUCGAGAUCGGACCAUGGGACCUGGUGUUCUGCGGUCUCGCGCUCAAACUGGUCAGCAUCGUGGCGACCAUACUUACAGUGAGCACGCUCGGGAACUUCAUCUUUCACUGGAACCACAUUCCCGACUGGUUUUCCCUGCCCGUGACCUCUAACAGCACGGGUGCCGUGGUGGGCCACCAGCAAGGCUGGCAAUGACAACCUCUAUUCGUCAUGUGUACAUAGACUGGACUGCAACUGUUAACAAAUUUGCUAGUUUUUCGAGCUACGAUACUACUUUAUAUAUCAUACAUAUCAAUAAACUGCUACUGAAAAAGCAUUACGCAUUUAGAUAACGUAAAAGAGAUGCUUUGCUUUAAAACUGAAAUUUUGAGGUGUCCUUUGGUGGUCUUUUCUUAU